AAUGGAUUUCGGAUUUGAAGAAAACUUCUACAUUAGAAGCAAAACUAGAUAUUGCCAAUAACGAUUUCACGUUUGAAGCGAAUCCAGAUUCAAAUGCCAAUAUCACACUUGAGGAGCCAGUUUCAAGUGUUUCGAAUGCUAGUAAAAUUUUUACAAUAGAAG